ACAUAUGUUUUAACUGAAUCAAAAGUAAAAAGUUUUCCAGAGAUCCCUGUGGGGGACCACAGGUCCCAAAAACCUUCAGGUAAGCUAUGCAAGAAAAAACCUAUCGAAUAUCAUCUGGAGUCAUGUCUCACUCCAAGUCGAUCGAAAAAAGUUAAUUUUGUUGGGGGCGAAAAAAUGGCCUUAUCCGCCCUACUCCUUUAUGAAUAGUAUAGUGAUUUAAUAUAUAAAGAAUAAAAUUUAAUGUUUAGAAAAUUCUUAUUUUCCUGUUCAAUUGUUUAAAUUGAUUAGGAAAUAAUCAAAAUUGGAAUCACAUAACUAUAGAAGGAAAUAUAUAACUUUUACUUCAUUUAAAAAUAUUUAUUAGAUAAGAUUGUUUUUUUUGAAAUAAUUUUGUAAAAAAGAUAAAAAGAAUUUUUUCUGAUCAUUAAGUAUUAUUUAUUUCAAGAAAAAGAAAUAUACUUUUUUUUUAUAUUUAAAAACCAAUUUAUAAUUUAAAUUUAUUUAAUUCUCUUUGUCUUUAACAUUAUUAAAGUUCGACCAGAUUUUAAAUCAGGAUACUUUCAUGAGGUUGCACAAAGACGAUGGAUACAAUCGUUACAAACAUCUGAAUCCAUCGAUAGACAUGUAACUAUUUUUGAACAAGAUCUUUCUCAAUUAUUUGAACAAUUAAAACAAUUGGUUUUUCUUGAUAUUUAUGGAAAAAUUUCUCGAGAAAAAGUUGAAUUAUAUCGUUUAAUGACUCAAUCUUGUUUUCCAAAUAGUCAUUUUGAUAUUCAAAUAUACAGAUUUCGUCUUUGGGUUUAA